AUGGAAUAUGAUUCAAUGAGCGCGAGCUUGUCACCAGACGCUCAAAGUGUGUCAAGCAACUACGGCCAGGCGGCUGCCGUCCGAGGGGCGGACCCAGUUGUAAUGACGUCACUCGCCCACCACACUGGCGAAGUCGGGAAGCAUGCUCCAUUUGGUCUAAAAGGUCCAAACUUCCAAACAGAUAGCCCCAGUAAUACGUGA